AACGCGGGACGCUCCCGGACGGGGGAGGGCACCGGGCCGACCAUGGCGGGGCGGCCUCGCUGCGAACUGUGCGGGAGCCGCCCGGCCCCGCGGCUCUGCCCGCGCUGCCGCCGCGUCCGCUACUGCGAUGCCUCUCACCAGGGGGCCGACUGGAACAGCAUCCACGAGAAGAUCUGCCCCCUGCUCAUCCCACCCCAGCCCUGCUUCCACUCAGAGAGAGACAGAAAACAAGGCAAGGAGCAGCUGCUGAGGAGGCAGAAGUCCAUCGUGGAGGUGGCUCUCAGUGCUGCCCAGAGGUUCCUUUGGGAAGGGAAGGCCCUGGAAGCCCUCCCUGCAGCCCUGCAGGCCCUUCGCUUCAGCGCCCGCGUGUUCGGCUGGAGCUCCGUGCAACUGGUACCUGUUUAUCUCCUGCUGGCCGAGGCCUCCACGGGCACUGGGAAUCUCCGACAGGCAUCCAAGUACCUCUCUGAGGCCGAGUGGAUCGUCCUGCAGACCCCAGACUGCCCUGCUGCUGUCCAGUCCAGGUUACACCGUGGGCUGGGGCUGUUCUGUAUCGCCCAAGGAAACCUUGACCAGGCUUUGUAUCACCUGGCCACUGAUGUGAGUCCCCUGAAAUACAGCAACACCUUGGAUUUGAUUCCUUCCCUCCUUCCGGGUCGAUAUGGAAACCCCAGCAGGCAAAUCUGGGAUCCCGAGAGGGUUCACAUCCCAAAAACCUGA